GCUGAUGGAAUCUUAUGUACUAUGAAGGAAGGAACAAAGGUCCUUAAAGUAAGACAACCCGUUUCUGGUCACGGCUAGUCAUUGAUUGUGACUUAUAUAACGGUUUUCCAGUCCUGUGCUUUCCUGUCACACACCCUACCUCUAAACACAUCAACAACAAUUCUUUUACACAGCUGUGUUCCUGACUGGAGUGUUGGGGAACCUCAUCCUCAUGAGCGCCUUGCAUUUCAAACGGGGCAGCCGAAGACUGAUUGACAUCUUCAUCAUCAACCUGGCUGUGUCUGACUUCAUUUUUCUUGUCACAUUGCCUCUCUGGGUGGAUAAAGAAGCUUCUCUAGGACUGUGGAGGACAGGCUCCUUCCUGUGCAAAGGCAGCUCCUACAUGAUCUCAGUCAACAUGCACUGCAGUGUCUUCUUGCUCACCUGCAUGAGUGUUGACCGCUACCUGGCCAUCAUGUGUCCAGCCAUAUCCAGGAAAUUCAGGAGGAGAGACUGUGCAUAUGGAGUGUGUGCCAGCGUCUGGUUUAUCUCCUGCCUGUUGGGUUUGCCUACUCUUCUGUCCAGGGAACUCACCCUGAUUGAUGAUAAGCCAUACUGUGCAGAGAAGAGGGCUACAUCCACGAAACUGACUUGGGCCCUGGUGGCCUUAAUUUUUACCUUCUUCGUCCCUUUGGUGAGCAUUGUGACCUGCUACUGUUGCAUAACAACGAAACUGUGUGCGCAUUACCAACAGGCGGGAAAACAUAGCAGAAAGCUGCGGAAAUCCAUAAAGAUCAUCUUUAUUGUUGUGGCAGCCUUUGUCUUCUCCUGGCUGCCCUUCAAUACUUUCAAGCUCCUGGCCAUUGUCUCUGGGCUGCAACAAGAAGUCUACUUUUCAUCAGCUUUUCUCCAGCUGGGCAUGGAGGUGAGUGGGCCUCUGGCAUUUGCCAACAGCUGCAUCAACCCUUUCAUUUACUAUAUCUUUGACAGCUACAUCCGCCGGGCCAUCGUGCACUGCUUGUGCCCUUGCGUGAAGAACUAUGACUUUGGGAGCACCACAGAGACAUCAGAUAGUCACCUCACUAAGGUUUUCUCCAACUUCAUUCAUGCAGAGGAUUUUGCCAGAAGAAGGAAGAGGUCUGUAUCACUCUAAAACGGACUGUGACAUUUCAAUCUCUGUUCAUAGACUGGAGAGUUAAUUGGUGUCAGCAACAAAGAAAGAGGAAAAGUAUUGCUGAUACCAUUCAUAGUGCUUCAUAAAUACAAGAAGAGUUUAUUUUUAAAGAGAUGACUGAAAAGUCCCUGUGUUCAUGGGUAUGAUUGUGUCAUACGCUGGUUUGGGGGUUU